CAAGCCGCGAAUCACGCUGCUGAAUGCCAAACCGGAGUUCGUACGACAGGAGGCGCAGGUCAUUGCUCAGGCCGGCCUGCCAGGUGCCGUCACCAUAGCCACCAACAUGGCGGGUCGCGGCACCGACAUCAUCCUGGGGGGCAACCCGGAGGGCCUUACCAAGCUGGCGCUCAUGAGGCUGCUGUACGGCAGGCUGCUUAGAGCCUCCGAGCGCCGUACACUGCCCUCCGUACCGCUGUCCCAGCUGGAUCCGUACGACACGGAUGACUUCGCCGCACUCACCAGGAUUCCCCACGCCACACCCGACCAUCCCCACGCCGGCCUGCCCCGCCCGCUCCACGAGGUCCUCUCAACCGCCAUCCUCAUCUCGUUCGCUGCCGUACAACAACAGCAGCAGCAACAACAGGAUCAGCAGGAUGAGCAGCAAGGA